AGGACACGUUUACGCAAUAAAAGACGAAUGUCUCAAUUAUGGAUCAACGAGCCAAAUCCAGUCAGUUCAACUGGUCCAAGCAGCAGCGUAUGUUACGCGUAACGGAAUUUGUGUGGCGAGAACAGCGAUUCGUUUACUUAAAAUUUAAAGUGAUCACGGGAUACAGUGACGUGGCGUGUGCAUCGGCACGUAUACCGAAAUGUGUGCUAGUCUAUGUAACAGUGAGAAAAGAGAAGAGAGGGGGUACGAUCACACGAAUCGAACGGGAGAUUAGACGACUUACCGGGUACCGAGUUGAUAUCGAUCGAGUUUAUCACCAAUUGAUCCACGAUGACGACGCAGUUGGUAGCCUUGAUGGGUGCGCUGCCCGCUGCAACUCAGGCAACGGCGAGCUCCUUGCCAAACAACCAGCAUCACUAGACAAUCAAACGAACGACCCUCAGCUUCUUUAUCUCAACUUUCCAAUCAACUUUGCGCUACACAUAUAAAAUAUGCGUACACGUACGCAAGCGCGGUAAUGCGAAAAGAUAGCAGCUCGGAAUCGGAAGAUCGUAUUACGAAAUGAGAAAUAAUAUAUCAUUUCUUUUUUUUUUUUUUUUGUUUCUAUAGAUUAAAUUAUGCAGUGGCAUAUUAAAUCAAAGUAUUUCAUACGCCGAACAAUUAUCAAGCAAUUUGUGGUUCCACUCGAAUUAAUUGGACAAACUCCAACGUAACCUUGUAUUAAAAUGUUCCAUUAUUCGAUAUUUAUUCGAGAUAUUGGUUUUUACCGUGUGGAAAAAUUUCUUUGGAAAUUUUAUUACACAACUUUCUCAUUUUUCGUACAAUUUCAUGUUGAUUUGCAAUUUUACUGAUUAGAUAUGCUGCCAUCGACAUUCAAAAUUAUAGCGCGAAUUUUAAAUUGAAGUUUAAUAUUCACAUUAUCUCGCUAUUCAGUUCUUAAUGGGUUAAAUAACGUAUUACACAUCAUAUAUGUAUAUAAUGUACUUUUCCUACUACGUGCAGUCGUCAAACCUUACGUGGCCCCAUACAUAGCGAUUUUUAUAUACUGUUAGAUGAUACUCUUUCCGUUUUCCGGCGUUUUCGGAAAGUCUAACUAUUGUAUUCGUCAAAACUCUGAGUUCGUCAUUUAAAACUG